GUUGCUAUAUAAAUAUGAGGUAACGUGUGGAGUUAAUCAUUAGUAAACUUUGUUAAAGUAAUAUACAGGUCCUGCUUCGAUUAGGUUAUAGAUUGUAAAAGUAAAGGCAGAACAUUGAAAACUUACAGAAAACUUGUCAAGAAAUGUCGGAAAAUUGCAGUGAUAUUGUCGUAUCCCAACAACAUGCCGCACGACCACCACCUAUAGCGCUCGGCAUUAACGUCGAAAAACCAAAAUUUCCUCAGUAUGCCGUCUACGCAAAACGAAUGGAAUCUUUCGAUGCCUGGCCAGAGUAUUUACCUGUCAAGAAGGAUGACCUUGUCGAAGCAGGACUUGUAUAUACAGGAGUUGGUGACAGUGUACGAUGUUACUUCUGUGGUGGUGGACUGAGGAACUGGGAACAGGAUGAUGUACCAAUGGAGGAACACGCCAAGUGGUAUCCUAAAUGUCCACACAUCCUGUUAGUCAAGGGUCAGGCAUAUGUUGAGAAACUUGGUCGUGGGGAAAAACCAGAGGAAGAUAAUUCAUCAGUUCAGACUGAUUCAGCAAGAGCAGGACCUAACUAUCUUGAAAGUGUUGCUGCACAAAGUUGUAUUCAAAUGGAUUACUCAAAAGAUAUGGUUCAGAAAGCAAUCAACAAAUUCAUUGACAGAUAUGGCAACGGUGAUUUCAAGGCUAAAGACUUGUGUGAGAUUUUGUUUGAACUUGAGGAAGAGCCGACAGAAUCAUCAUGUGUGUCAGAUAACGUUGUAGACAGUAGAAGACACAUCCCAACCCUGGACGAGGAGUUGGAAUCCGGGGAUAUCCAGACUCCAGAAGAAAUUGAAAGUUUGAAAGAAGAAAAUCAGAGGCUAAAGGAAAACCAGAUAUGCAAGAUAUGUUUGGACAAUCGGGCAGAUGUUAUUUUUCUGCCCUGUGGACAUAUGGUCAGCUGUCCACAGUGUGCCCCAGCUCUUUUGAAGUGUCCCAUCUGUAGACAAACUGUAAAUGGACAUAUUAAAGCUUUCUUUGCUGUUACGAGUAGCGUAUCAUAAAACACUGGGAUACACUAGUAUACAUACACAAACAGCAAACUCUGCAUAGUUUGCGUGGGAGAAGUAUCGGCAAACACAUUGAUUUGCAUGGAGUUGAUUUCAUCCACCCUAUUCUACAUUAAUUCACUGUAAAUGUUAUUUCAUUACUAGAAAAUAACAAAUCCAACAAUCAUAUUGGAAUUAUAACUGUAUUUAAAUUAGUGAAUGUAUGUAUACUACUGUAUCCCAGUUUUUCUCCAAACCAGCUGCUUGGGCUCAUAGUACAAAAAGCUAGGAGAGGAGAGAACAGCAAAAUACAAGAUUAAAUAAUCACAACAAAAGUCUAGGAAGCUAGGUUAUACAAGUCAAAGUCAUUGACUAUGACAUGAAAAUGUCAUAUAUGUGGUUACUUCUUCCAGGUCUUAGUGGUUACCUUCCGUAUUUUGUUAAAUAAUGAUUAAACUUGCAAAAUAAUGCAUAGUUUAAAAUGUGCCAAAAUGAUGGUGUUUUUGGAAUUAUUAACUCAAAAAAGGUGUUAUGGUUUUAAUGAAGAAAACACAACUUUCUAGUCAAUAUUGCUCAAUUUCAUAGACAUGUUCAUUAGUUGUUUCCAGCUACCCAAAGGUAUAUAUGCAUCACCAGUGUUUCUACAUGGCCAGAGUUUUAUUUGCAAGAGCCAAAUAAAUAGGCCAGGAAUGAUCUCAGAACCAAGUCUUUUAAAAUAUAUGAAUGUGAUUCAAUAAAAUCAAUGCAAAUGACUAGCUAGGUCAUCAUUCUGCUAGAAAUUGGAAGGAUGUCUUUUUAUGAAAAUACAAUUUUCGAACUUCCAAAGCCUUAUUUUUAUUAUAAAGGUACACAAGUAUCUGGAGACAUUGUUUCACCCCAACGUGUUUGGGCAAAGAACAAUAGUAUUGUUGCAUAUAUAAAGUUUCGAUCUUACAAAUGGCAGGUCAUUGUCUGUGAUAUAUAUAUAUAUAUAUAGAAGCUACAUUUAUGUCAUUGUAAUUAAUGGGAAAUAUGUACUCUGAUAUCAUAUAGAAUGAGAAGCAAAAAAAAAAAAAAAAAAAAUUAAAAAAUGAUAGACAAAAAAAGCAGAAAAAAUCCUAAAAUUGAUAGAUAUUUGUAAGACUACAUUAUCUACAUGUAUUUUCUACAUUAUUUACACGUGUAUAAGAGUGGGAAUGUAAAAACAACACAUCUUAUCAUUGAACCAUACUAAUCUUGUUAAUUAGAAUAUUGUUUACUACUAUAUUCUGUGUUGUGUGCUCCUGGGUAACAUCUUAGUAGCUUUGUUCAUUUCAUUUUCUGUGUGUAAUAUUGAAAGUUCUUUCAUUUGUGUAUACUAAAAUUUGUAUUUGAUAUACUUUACUAAAUAUUUAAAUAAAAAUGUUUAUUUUUAUAAUUUUAAAUAUGUAAUCGUUACUUUGUAAAUAUUUCUGUUUGGUUUGACUGUAGAGGCUUGUAGAAAGUAUAUGGUACUCUUGUAAGCCUGAUCUGUAUUUCAACACAUCUGUUACAUAAAAACACUUGAGCUGAAAAAGAGCAAAAAAUGUUUUGUUCCCAACCCCCAUCCGGCUCUGAAUAUUUUUUUUCAAGACUGGACACAGUUGAAGGGGAGUCACUUUAAAAUAUUACAGGACAAAGUCUAAAAUUCUAGUUAAGAAAGUCCCCAACUCCUGUUGCGUAAACAUUUAUCCUGUCCAGUACAAAAACCUCUACAGUCAUUAAAUAUUUUUAUUUUCUUAUUGAACUCCCCGAAUCAGAUGACUUUAUUUUCUGUUGAUUUUACAUUUGUAAGAGUUCAUUUCUAGAAAGAAAAUUUUAUGUGACGAUUGAUAUUUUCAAUGAUCAUUUCAUUGCAGAAUGACAGAUCAGUUUAUAAAACAGGAGUUUCUGUACAUAGAGUUAACAGCUUUUUUUUUUUUAAAUUUAAUUCAGUUCAGACCGACAUCAAUGUACCAUAUUCUUGUAGUGCUGUUGUAUGCUUCUGAGUGACAUCUUACUGGCUUUGUUCAUUUCACUUUCUGUGUGUAAAGUUUACAGUUCUUUCCUUUGUGUUUUAAAACUGGAAUUUAUAUUUCAUAUACUUUACUAAAUAUAUAAAUAAAAAUGUUUUAUUUUUAGCUCGACUAUUCAAAAAAAAGGUAGAGCUAUUGGACUCAAUUGCGUCGGCGUUGGUGUCCCGAUUUGGUUAAGUUUUUGUAUGUAAGCUGGUAUCUCAGCAACCACUUAUGGGAAUAGAUUGAAACUUCACACACUUAUUCACUGUCAUAAUCUGACAUGCAUAGCUCAGGUUCCAUAACUCUACUUUGCAUUUUUACAAAAUUAUGCUCCUUUUUCGACUUAGCAGUUUUUGGUUAAGUAUUUGUAUGUAAGCUGGUAUCUCAGUACCCACUAAUGGGAAUGGAUUGAAACUGCACACACUUGUUCACUGUCAUAAUCUGACUUGUAAUGCACAGGUUACAUAACUCUACCUUGCAUUUUUACAAAAUUAUGUCCCUUUUGUUGAAUAGUCGAGCGUUGCUGUCCUCCGACAGCUCUUGUUAUAAAUCUGAAUAUGUACUAGUUAAUUCCUUUGUAAAUAUUUGUUUGUUUUGACUGUAGAGGCUUGUAGAAAGUAUAUCGGUACUCUUGUAAGUCUGAUCUGUAUUUCAACAGGAUCUAUUAUAUAGCUGAAAAAAAAAGAGCAAAAAAAUAUUUUGUUCACCCUUACCCCAAAACACCCUCUGAAAAUUAAAUUCAAAAUUUGACACAGUUGAAGGACAUUCACUUAAAAUAUUACAGUACAAACUCUAAUAUUCUAGUUAAGAAAGUCCCUAACUCCUGUUGCGUAAGUAUUUAUUCCGACCGGUAAAAAAACCCUCUACAGUCAUUAAAUAUUUUUAUUUUCUAAUUGAGCUCCCGAGUCAGAUGAUUUUAUUUUCUGUUGAUUUUACAUUUGUAAGGGUUCAUUUCUAGAAAGAAAAUUUUCUAAGAUGAUUUAUUUCAUUACAAAAUGUCUAGUAUGACAGAUCAGUUUGUAAAACAGGGAGUUAUUGUACACAGAGUUAACACUAUCAUUUUCUUUUCAUAAAGUUAAUUCAGGUCAGACUGACAUCAGUGUACCAUAUUCUUGUAGAGCUUAGAAAUUGAUUCAUUUUGCUAUUAUUUAAGAAAACUAAAAAAAGAAUGAAUAAAAAACAAAAAAUAAAAAUAAAUAAAUUCACCAAA